GAGAAAAUGACUGGAGCCGCCGUAUCUGUGUGCCUGCUUUUCAUCCUUUCUGUGUGUUCGGCGUGUUAUAUCUCCAACUGUCCGAUUGGUGGGAAAAGGUCCAUCAUGGAUGCACCAUUGCGCAAGUGCAUGUCCUGUGGCCCUGGCGACAGGGGCCGCUGCUUCGGCCCCAGCAUCUGCUGCGGGGAGGGUCUGGGCUGCCUGCUGGGCUCCCCAGAAACCGCUCACUGUGUGGAAGAGAACUACCUGCUCACCCCCUGCCAGGCAGGAGGGAGACCCUGCGGCUCCGAGGGGGGACGCUGCGCUGCCUCGGGACUCUGCUGCGAUGCAGAGGGCUGCAAUACUGACCAGUCCUGCCUCGUGGAGGAGGAGGGAGACGAACCAAACGGCCAACUCGAGGGCAGCGACCCCAGUGAUAUCAUCCUCAGGCUCCUGCAACUGGCCGGCCACACUUCUCCUCACCGGAUCCACCAAUGAGCCGCCGCCGCCGCCGCUGCCGCCGCCGCCGAGGCCCCGCCAGAACCGCUCCAUUCCUGGGGACAGAACGGGACUUGUGAUUGUGUUUCCAUGUUUGUCAUCUUGAUCUUUCCCUUGGAGUGCUUCUGUAGAGUGCCUUUGUCAAUAUAUUUUUCUGUAUGAAAAUAGAGAUGAAUUCUGACACUGGUCAUUCAGAUAAGUGCAUGCUGAAAUAAACUUUUGAGACGGUAUAAAAUGUUGUUGUUUCUCUUUUAUUUUG